CGCUGGGUCCCGGAGCCCUCGCCUUUCCUUUUCCUCCUUCGCGUGCUCACGUCCAUCCCAUGCGGGCGGCGGCGGGGAAGGAGUCUCUGGUGGCUGCAGCGACGGCGGCGGCAGCGGCAGCCGCUGGAGCGCAACCCCGGGCAGGCGGCUCCGGCUCUCCCUUCCCUGAGCAUGUCCCGCUGCUGGCGCCCCUUUUGGUGAAUCCGGCUGGGCGGCGAGGCUGUUGCCAUCGCUGCUGUCGCCACCAGAGAACUUGCCGCUCCGAGAAGCGCUCAUGAGUGCCGAGACGUCGUCCCGCGCGUCUGCGCAACUCCGCGCGCUCUUUAGGAUGGAACCAACCCCGCCUGUUGUCUCGGAGCAGCUGCUGGGCGCCUCGGAGUUUCUCAAAGAUCGACUAUAUUUUGCUACUUUGAGGAACAGACCCAAAAGCACAGUAAACACGCACUAUUUCUGUACGGAUGAGGAAUUUGUUUAUGAAAAUUUUUAUGCAGAUUUUGGACCUUUAAACUUGGCUCUGGUGUACCGAUUCUGCUGCAAACUAAACAAAAAAUUAAAGCCAAAGCCAGCCCAGUCCGGCCCAGCAGCCAGGCCGGGCACACCUUGUCAGCAGUGGGAACAAGAAGAUGGCAAGUCUUUCAGUCUAUCAAGAAAGAAAAUAGUGCAUUAUACCAGCUUUGACCAGAGGAGAAGAGCAAAUGCAGCAUUUUUAAUAGGUGCAUAUGCAGUAAUUUACUUGAAGAAAACACCAGAAGAAGCUUACCGAAUACUUUUAUCUGGAUCUAAUCCACCAUAUCUUCCAUUUAGGGAUGCUUCAUUUGGGAGCUGUACAUAUAAUCUAACUAUUCUCGACUGUCUACAAGGAUUAAAAAAGGCCUUACAACAUGGAUUUGUUGAUUUCAAGACAUUUGAUGCAGAUGAAUAUGAACACUACGAGCGGGUAGAAAAUGGUGACUUCAAUUGGAUUGUCCCUGGAAAAUUCUUAGCAUUUAGUGGACCACAUCCAAAGACCAAGAUUGAAAACGGCUAUCCACUUCAUGCACCCGAAGCCUAUUUCCCAUACUUUAGGAAGUACAACAUAACAACCAUUAUAAGACUCAACAAAAAGAUUUAUGAAGCAAAGCGCUUCACAGAUGGUGGGUUUGAGCACUACGACCUAUUCUUCAUUGAUGGAAGCACACCAAGUGACAGUAUACUGCAACAGUUCUUGAACAUCUGUGAGGAAGCAGAAGGCGCUAUAGCUGUACACUGUAAAGCUGGGCUAGGAAGAACAGGAACACUGAUUGCUUGUUACAUAAUGAAACACUAUAAAUUCACACAUUCUGAAGCCAUUGCCUGGAUACGAAUGUGUCGGCCAGGUUCUAUUAUUGGACCCCAGCAACACUUCCUUGAAGAAAAACAGGCGAUGUUGUGGAUCCAAGGAGACAUAUUCCGAACUAAACAGAAAUCAAGAGAAGUAGAUGAAGAUAACGUGAGCAAAGUUUUGUCUGGCUUGGAUGACAUUUCCAUCAGUGGGACUUCAAAUAGAAUUGAAAUUUUGGAUAAUUAUAUAGAGAGUGAUUUGGAAGAUGAUUCAGAAGUAGAAAUUAAGAAUGGCAUGACCCAGGGAGAUCAACUUCGUGCCUUAAAACUUCGGAGGCAGCCACGUUCAGCUACAACAGGAGCUCUUAGGUUAGAAGAUAGGAAAAUGCACAUCAGAUCCAUAUCCCAGCCUUUCAGAUUGAAUACAGCAGCUCUCUCUCAAGGGUCUGGAUCUCCUUUGAAGUCCCCCAAAGCUAUGGUUUCUGUGUCACCUGCAGCAAAGAGAAUAAAUAGACAUUCUCCAUCCUCAGGUCCGAAUUUAAAAAGCUUUUCCGUAAACUCCAGGUUAGCCAGUUCUCUAGGGAACCUGCAUGCUGCUUCAGAUGAUGCUGAGAGCAAACUGACAUUAUCAUCCUCUAGGACAGGUUAUUCUGUAAGCCAACUCUCCAGUCAUUUGAAUGGCAGUGCACAGUUGCCUGCUGGAAAUUAUCAUGAGCUGAACAACAACCUGUACAACAGGAGAGGCAGUAGCACUACCAACCUCAACAACUAUGCCAAUUCUCCCAGCGUCCUGGCAGAGGAGUACAACACCUUCAGAUCUUUUACGGGGCUCGCUGCUGCUUCCGCAAGAUACCUGAGUCGAUCAAUUCCUUCCCUUCAGUCUGAAUAUGUUCAGUACUAAAGCCUUAUUACUUCGGUGAAAGCUGCACAUCUCUUAAAAACCAUUUUUCUUCAAGGAGGAAGAAUGUUGAGGGAGACACUUCACUGGAAAAAGACUUCUUCAUACACGAUUAGAACUUAAAACAAAAUCUUUACGUAAUCAGGGACUGCAAUUAGUGACUACUACAAAUGCAUUAAAGUUGAACUUCUGAAUAUUACAAUUUUGUGUACAGAUCAAGAUUUUAAUAUUGAGAAUAUUUCUACUGAAUUUUAGCAAUAGUUUAUAAUUACGGUUUUGGGUUCAGUGUUAUAAUGUAUAUGUAUUGAGUAAAAUAUUUUGUUUGUCUAUGUGUACACAAAAACAUACAUAUUGUAUAAAAUAAUAGUAUAUUUUGACUUAGAGUUCAGUUUUUUUCUUUACCAAAAAUGUGUAUUUUUAAAAUACUAUUUUAUAUUUCAAAUACGAGCCAAGAUCCAGAGAAGCAUGUUCCAUCUGCAGACAUACUGGGGGGAGCAUGUUUGCUAGUACUUUGUAUGCCUUCAUGCCUUGUAAGUUAUGAGUCCAGAGACCCCAAGGAACUGCUCAAUUAUGUCUGCAGAUUUGGAAACAAAAUUGCACAUCUCUUGAUCCUGGCCAUCUCUUGAUCCUGCUAUUUCUUGGCUUUAUGUUAUCUGUCCAUCACUGUUGCUUUAGGUUUAAGAAUUUUACCAGUGGAAAAAUAUUUGUCACCAUUUUUAACUUCAGAUGCUGAAGUUUGAAAUGUUCAGUUUUUAAAGAUCUACAGGAAGUCUGUGACAUAGACUUGUCCUAACAUCUUUAAUUACAAAGGGAAAGUAAUUUUAAUUAAAUCUGUAUCUCUUAACAGUUGAGCUCUUAUCAUUUGUUUUUAUAAACAGUUUUAUUUCCUGUGUUUUUCUUUCUGUAUAGCCUUGUCUAAAAGUUGUAUUAUAUUACAACAUGAAGGUAUGCAUACCUGAGAAAAAGGUUGUCACAGCAGGAAAGAUCUAAUAUGCUGAUUGAAUUUGUAAAACUACCGUGUCUUCUGAUUUUCAUUGGAUUGUUUAUUGCUAAACAAACAACUUUUCUUUUUAUUAUAAACAGACCAGGAGGCAGGAAGUCUUUCACGCACAUUUUUCAUUAUAGAUUACAAGAACAUUUUUAAAGCUGUAUAUAACUCCUUACUGUCCAUUAUUUUUAUACAUUCAACCAUACUAUCAAUAUUAUCUUUGCAAAUGCUGUAGCUAGUGACUAAUGUAACCUUGAACGUUUAGUUCCCAGUUCAUCUGAAAGCAGAGGAGGGUGGACCAUGAGCUGCAAAUAGACCCCAGUCCCAUUUUGAUGUCCCAAGGACACCCCCACUUUGCCUGUUGCCAAUUUUCAUCUACUUAAUUUUUCAAGGGGGAUCAGUUUGAGAAAUAAGGGACAAAACAUGUCCAUCAAGCCUUUGUAAGGUAUAGCACUUCUUUCUUGUUCCUUAAUUUCCUCCUGAUAAACAAAAAGGGCCAAAAGUGGAUUUCACCUGCUCUAGUGAUCUUUCAUGUCACUGACUAAGAGACAUUGAGGUCCUAAACAGCAAAGUAUAAAGAAAAUUUAAAGUAUAACCUUCUGGCUAUAAAACAGCUAUCUGCCUCUAUUCAAAAUUAUUUCUGAAAUUGGCUCUGUCUGCAUUGUCCUGGGUCUGCAGUACUAAUUAUGUGCCAUUCUGGGUACACCAAUUGUAGAAGCUAAAUGGUAACAGUCACAUUCCACUUAUAUUAUGAUCAAAAGAAAGUUCCCCAAUUAAUGGCUACCAAAGUAGGAAUUACCUUUUUAUCCAUUUUAUGCAGCCAUUUCACUCUUUUCUUCCUUGUGCAAACAACAAAACCAUAGAUCUUGUGAUUAGUCAAAAUACUCUUAUUUUAUCUGAACAAGGAAAUUAUUCAUUGCUUUAGAACAAGCUAAUAUAUUUUCAUGUUGUUUAAUAUUACGGUUUAUUCUGAAUCUGGCAACCUUGGCUUCCAGUUUGAACAAAAAGCACAACUCUAGUUAACCGGAUUUGCUAAUUUGCUUAAUCAUGUCAAGGGGAAGAUCAAAAGGGCUGAUAGAUUAUUUCAUAUCAGCUAACUAGUAUUAGGUAUUUAAAAAUUCAAGGGAAAUAUUCCCAAUUAUGAUGGCUAAAUUCUUGGUGUUUUGUUUUUUGUUUUCAGCUGCUUUAAUUACUGAAUGCAAUAUUUUAUCAUGUACAUAAAAUGUACUAUAUAUGAGUAAUAGGCAAAUUCUAAGGUAAUUCUACCUCUAAAAUUUGACAUUUAUUUUGUUACUAAACUUCUUAUGAGAAGAUGUACUAUUUUUCCAAUGUAGAAAUAUAAAUGCUAAUGAAUGUCAAAAUUAUGUAUAAGUUUAUUCUUUAUUUUAAUCAGAUAUUAUGAAAUACAAUACUAUUGUUAAUACCAGCAAUUUGUCUUCUCAUUCUUGCUGUGCUUGAACCAUGGACUUCCUUGGUCUCUUCUGUUAAAGAGAUUUUUCUGUGUAUGCUAGGAAUAUCCUUGAGCACUUGGAAUGUGUUUCCUUAUAGAGAACAGCAGGUGUGUGGAUAAGCAAAGUGCACAAAGUGGCUUUUUGAGCUGGAAAAGAUGUUGGAAAGUGAUGCAGAUUAUAGAGCAAAAACAAUUUUUAAUUAUAUUUGAAUGCCAAAUUUAGUUUCCAAAAAAAAUUUAAAUGAUCUAAUUGGUAAGCAAUAUUAA